AUCAUUCACAUCUUGCUAACUAACAUUAAUUCUUCAUCGGAAAAAGUCGUCGUCGCCAGAGAGCAAAAGGAUCAUCAACACAAAUUACUCAUCAAAUUAUCACACAAGUUUUUAAAAGAAUAUUGAAAAUGGCACCGAUCAACGAGAAUGAUCUCAAUUUGAAGGCGACUGAGCUAAGAUUAGGGUUACCUGGUACAAUAGAUAAUGAACCAAAGAAGCAAUUAUCUUCUUGUACUAAAAGAUCUUCAUCAGAGAUGGAUAGCUCCUCAUCAGAUACAAAUCAUGAUCAACAAGACUUCUCCCCUGCACCAAAAGCACAGAUUGUUGGAUGGCCACCAGUUAGAUCUUACAGGAAGAAUGUUGUUCAAGCCCAGAAUUCAAAUUCUGAUAUUUCUUCAGGAAUGUAUGUGAAAGUUAGCAUGGAUGGUGCACCUUACCUUAGGAAAAUUGACCUUAGGUUUUACAAGAAUUACCGAGAACUACUCAAGGCUUUGGAGAACAUGUUCAAACACCCCAUUGGUGUAUACUUGGAUAAAGAAGGCUACACUACUAGUGGAUCUGAUUAUGUAUUAACUUAUGAAGACAAGGAUGGUGAUUGGAUGCUUGUUGGAGAUGUACCAUUGGAUAUGUUCAUUAAUUCUUGCAAAAGGCUUAGAAUCAUGAAAGGGUCUGAAGCUAAAGGUUUCGCAUGCCUAUAGAACCUAUCUCACAUAUUUUGGGCGAGUUCUGUGGGUUCAAUUUUGCUUUCGGCUGGAUUUAUUUAUACACACUUAAAAAAUUAAAAUAUAGUACAUAUAAGAAGGUCGUGCUCUUUCGUUGGACCCACUGAUUCUAGAUCCUAGAUUUGACUCGACCUAGCAUAACCUUAACGACAGAGAAGCAUCAAUGAGCUUCUUGAUUGAGAUGCAAAAACCAGUUAGGGAAAUUCCCUUUGAUAGGUCCUGGAUGACAUGAAUCCGAAUUAGUUCAGUGAGUAUGUCUUUAAGACACUGGAUGGUUAUAGCGAAAAAAGGAUCAAUGAGCUUUUAGAUUGCCGUACUAGGGAGAGCUUCCUCCUUGAUAGGCUCUACGCGCUCGCAAAUUCGAAUUGGUUGGGUCAGUGUAUUUCAGAUACUGGAUGGUUAUAGCGGAGGCAAAAAAAAAAAGGAUCAAUGAGCUUCUUGACUGAGAUGAAAACUUUAUUAAGGAGCCUCUACUUGCGAGUGAAUCCGAAUUGGUUGGGUCAGUAUUUCAAAUAUUGGAUGGUUAUGAUGAGUAAAAAGAAAACCUAAAACCAUAUGGUGUGUCGGAAUCUUCAGGAAAUCAGAUUAUAUUCACAGAUUGCAAUUAGACUGAAGAUUAUUGCAAGAUAUACAAGGCUAAGAAUUCAAAUCUCUGUGGUUGUAGUUGUGCACGUGGAACAGUUUUUUUUUUUUUUUUUUUUUUUUUUUUUUUUUUUUUGUAUAUUUAGCUAUAAUAAUUGGACAAAGGGUCAUUGGCACUUUUGUCCCUAUUUCAUGUUGGUUUUUAAUUUUUGUCCCUCUAGACAAACAACUUUUUUGAGACAUUAGUUUAUAUUUCGCAUCAUAAUAUCCAACAAGUUAUACUCCGAUGCUUAUAGAACUUAUGCCGAAUUUAUGUCCUGCUUGAUAUAGGUU